AUGACGUUAAAACGGUCUCUAUCUACCAUGGUCAAGUCUCUGAAUAAUAAGACAAAAACCAAAACAAAAUUACACAAGCCAAAAGAGGAUGACUCCAGUUCAAUAUCUACCAGAUCUGAUGAAUUCUCGUUGCAAUCAUCACAGAUCUCGACCGCCAGUGGGUCCUACAUGCAAUCUCAAUCACAGACACAGUCACUAGAUCAGGACUAUUCGCUGCUAGAGGUGGACGAAACACCUGUGGAGAUUCAGGAUUUGUUGCCACCAAUCCCGCAGGAUGCGCCCUGCAAUCCAGAGGAACUUACGCCGGACGUGAUACCCUCGGGAAACCUGACGCCACAAUCGAGUGCGCUUCACGAACGCCUCAAGUCUGUGGAUUCGUCUGUUUUGGAUUUGGACGAGGAACUGGAAUCACAGAUACAGUUGCAUAGAAUAGGGAAGCCUAAUCUCCAGCUGAACUUGCAAAUGGCACAGUAUGCUCCAAGAUCUGGAUCCGUGUCGAGUCAAUCACAGCCUGCCACAGGACUAACAACUCCUGCGCACGAAGACGAUCUUGCCGAUGCCAUGGCGAUCAGCAUUUUGGAGAGGGUGAAGGGCGAGAAGGUUCCUGAGGGGAGAAUGGAUGGCUGGGCAAUAUGA